AUGCCGACAUGUAAAAAGGGACGCGCUGGCAUUGUCCGAGACUGCGGCAGCGGCGCGCUGUCUAGCUAUGAGCAGAGUUAUGCGAACCCUGCCGUGUUCGUCGAUCGUUCGCAGACUGUCUGCUGUCAGUAUGAGGGACUCCUGAUAUCACAGGACCGAAGAAGCAUGAACUGUUGCUGGGACAUCCUUGUGCCGAUGUCGUAUCGUCGAUGGGCGUUGAGCACGAUGAAAACGACUGUCGAUGGUGACUGCCGAUGA